AGGGCCGUUCAUUGGUUCAUUUAAUCGAUUCUACAUUCUGUUCCGGGUUAUACUCAUUCGCGUCUUUGCAUUUCGGAACAAGUUGCCAUCCAUUUGACCAAUGAAUAUUUAAAUCCCGCGCAUCAACUACUAAAGGCUGCAUGAGUGGGCCGUCGUUCACCUCGCCCCCCGCCGAGGUGGCGGAGAUGAACCGUAUCCACUAUGAGUUGGAGUACACGGAGGGCAUCAGCCAGCGCAUGCGCAUCCCGGACACCCUCAAGGUGGCUGCGGAAAACCAAGAUGGUUCUCUGCCACAGCAGCAACCCCUGCACACUCAUUCAACGCUGAUGCAGGUGCCUGAACGAAUUGUCGUUACAGCGGAUGAUGGGGAUCCUCAAUUCUCUUGUCCGAGAGACUUGGACCUGAUUCAGUCCAUUCCUACCAUGGAGCUCCUGGACAUGAAGGCCCCACCGCGUGUUCUCACACUCUCAGAACAACCACUGGGCUCCUUGGAAACUGAUCAAAUAAGCAAGAGCAACCCCAGCCACGCAGUAAGACAAAUCUGUACUCAUUCUCGAUCUCGAAGGGAACGCAGUGCCAGUGAGUUCAUAUCUGGUCGGCAUAGCAGUCAGAUUAUCAGAGGUGACGUAAGUGUAACACCUUCACCUUCUGCCCCCCCAGUCCGCAUGUGUCCCCCUCUGUGCUCCCCUGAGGACGCAAACGUCAACCUGUUCACAGCCGCGGGCUUCAUGGCUUACAUCCAAUCCACUACACGCCGGGCCUACCAGCAGGUCCUUGAAGUCUUGGAUGACAGUCACCGCCGGACACACCUGGACCUUGCCUUGGAAAUGAACCCAGAUGAGUCUGGCUUAGUGGACGCUUCCUCAUUACGACGACAAAUUGUGAAGCUUAACCGCCGUCUGCAGAUGCUGGAGGAAGAAAACAAGGAACGCUCCAAGCGAGAAAUCGUCCUGUAUUCUGCUACGGUUGCAUUCUGGCUUAUCAAUACCUGGGUUUGGUUCCGCCGCUAAAAAAAUAAAUAAAUAAAUAAAUAAGAAAGAAAGAAAAAGCAUCUCCCAAAACACAUGGAGCCAAAGCAAUGUUUUGGUACUGACAAAUUAGGGAUUAUUUUCUAACAUCUAGACAACUGCUGGAAUCAACUGCAUUUUCAGUGUCAUCCAUUGCAUGCUUUUAUGGGAAAUGAUUGAAAUUCAGAUUUCAAACUCUACACUGUAUACAGCACUGUUUUAGAUCCAACGUACUGUACGACACUUUUGCUGCUUUUGCAGUGCAUUUUGUUGUUAAUAUUAUUUUUCAAGCGGCAAAGUGUGGUUAUGUUGCACAUAACCAAGAAAAAAUAUUUGGAUCUAUUUUCCCCACUGAUACUUGCGUUUAGUAGCUUUAUUGUAUGUUACCUUUUUUUCCCAUGUCUUUUACGCUGUGCAGCCAAAUACUUUUUCUUUUUUUUUGUGGAACUAAUCAUUAAAUGAGAAACAAGAUAAUAUUUUACUUUGGCAACAAUUGCUUUGGGUGACCCAGUCCAGAGUUGGAGCUGCAGUAAAUAAAUAUUCUUAGUGUCAAAGUAUCAUGAAAAAAAAAUCUAAAGAUGCCAUAAGAUUUAUGCUGAAUGUUCAUUGUGUUCUGUUUCACCAAAACAUCGAUGUACAGUAGUGAAAUGUGGCAUUGUCAAACUAUUGCUCUUUUUUUUUCUCUUUCUUUUACUACUUUAUCAGUUACAUAACCUGUAUGUGGAUGUCAUGUAAAUUUUCUACACGAGCUUUCCAAGUUUUGACCUCGCUUCAUCACACAUUUUCCCCAGAAGAUGAAUAGAAGUUACCUUUUCCCCCUAUCCAGUCUUCUUCGAGCUGUUGUUUCUGUAGCAGUGCAUUAUAGAUGUUUAUGUAAAAUCUAGAUGUCAGCAAAUUGAAUUCUAUAUAGAGUUGACAUUGAGGGUAUAUAUAUUGUUUUCUUAUCUGUGUGUCUUUGAUGUUUUAUUUGAAUUGAAAAACCAAUACAUUUGUUGUUGAUA